UUUUCACCCGCGCGAAGACAAGUCAACCUUUGCACACAAGGGACUUUUGCGAUUCUGUAUUCCCCAGAUACAGAACAUCUGUCUGCUUGUAUCUGCCGGACAACUUCGCCGUCAUCAAACUUCCACGGCGUAGAGCUCAGGACCUGGCUUAAAGAUGGCGCAAGCAGCGAGGCAUUGGGAGCAAGACAAAGAAGCUACUGUGUACAUAGGAAACCUCGAUGAACGGGUUACAGACGCGCUCGUUUGGGAGCUCAUGCUACAAGCCGGGCGCAUUGUCAACGUCCACCUCCCCAAAGACCGAGUCACGCAAACACACCAGGGCUAUGGUUUCGUUGAAUUCAUAAGCGAGGAAGACGCCGACUAUGCGGCCAAAAUCAUGAAUCAGGUCAGACUGUAUGGGAAGCCUAUUCGUGUAAACAAAGCGAGCGCAGACAAGCAGAAAACAGUGGAUGUCGGUGCCGAGCUGUUCAUCGGUAAUUUGGAUAGUAUGGUGGAUGAAAAAACGCUUUAUGAUACAUUUAGCCGGUUUGGAACGCUCAUUUCACCCCCCAAGAUCGCUCGCGACGAGGCCAACGUAUCCAAGGGCUACGGUUUUGUGUCUUUCUCCAACUUCGAAUCUUCGGACGAGGCAAUUGCAAACAUGCACGGCCAGUUCCUCGCCAAUAAGGAAAUCACCGUACAAUACGCCUACAAGAAAGACGGCAAGGGUGAGCGACAUGGUGAUGCUGCAGAGCGUCUCCUCGCCGCUCAAGCACGGAAGCAUAACGUUGAGGUUCCACAGCAGCCUGGCUUGCAGAAUAUGUUCAACCCAACGCCGAUGGGUGGGCCUGUGGGCGGUGUUCCGCAGCCCCCGCCUACGGUCCCCCCUCCUGCAGGUGGUAUGGGGAUGAUGCCACCAGGCUUUGGUGGUAUGCCGCCACAGCCAGCGUAUGGGCAGGUGCAUGCUCCUGUUCCGCCACACACACCAACACCUCCGGGGAUGGCAAGGCCGGCUCCACAGAAUACACCGUUACCUCCAGCUCCGGCUGGACUUCCAGCAAGACCACCACCCAGCACUGUUGGAUAUGGAGGACCCCCUGGUUUUGCACCUCCUGGCUUCCCACAGCAACCUUUACCACCGGGCUUUGGACCUCCUGGGUUUGGAGCACCAGUAGGAAUGCCACCUGGCUUCCAGCCACCUCCGGGAAGAUGAUUGGUCAAACGCAUCAUCUCACAGACGAAGCAGAUGUGAGAGGCUCAAAACAUCUCAACACAUCCGUCAAAGGAUGAAGAUAUGAUCAACAGUCUCGAUUUCUGAGGCUUGGAUUUGAUGCACGGUAGCAGGUGCGGCCGCUACAUGACGGCACGAACGUGCGGAAGCUCAGAGUAUGAGACCUCACGAAAGUCACGGGCACGGCCUUAGAUGACACGGUCUAAACCUCUCUACCUGCGCAGAACCCAACCCGCGCAAGUGGAGUGUCGUUGAUGGAGCGUUUGAGACACUGGAAGAGUGGAAGGGACAAGACAAUGGACUGGAAAACCUUACGCCUAGUUCGAUAUGCUGAGACUUCCGUCCGUUUGGAAUGCAAUUUAAGCUUAUAUAGUCCUGAAUGAUAACUCUUAGUGUUUGUACAUCC